GAUUUGUCCCACACUGCGAUCCGUCGGUCGUCCGAGCGAAACCGCUUCGGUGCGCUGCAGAUGAACGGCUGGUUGGAAAAAAAUGGAAAGCGACACGGCCGUCCGGAGAAUAAAACCCCCCGGGACUCCGCGCUACGGCGCGGAGGACGGAGAUGGAGCCUGUGGCCGGAACUGCGGGGAUAACGGCUACAGCGGCGACCCGAAGAGAAAGCCCGAAGUGAGGCUGCUCUUACUGCGGGAAGGACUGGCGGCUGCGCUGCUCUCUGGGUUUGUUUUGCUGCUGUGGGGACUCGUUCAUCUGUCGCUGCAGCAGCUUGUCAUCGGGAAGCCGAGCGGAGAGUUUAACGCGGAGAGAGCAAGGCGACACUUGGAGCAGAUCACCGGCGUCGGCCCUCGGCCCGUCGGCAGCCAGGAGAACGAGGUCCUGACGGUGGGCUACCUGUUGGAGCAGAUAGAGGACAUCCGGGCGAGGACGGCAGCGGGGCCUCACCAGGUCACCGUGGACGUCCAGCGCCCCACCGGUUCCUUCUCCAUUGACUUUCUAGGAGGCUUCACAAGUUUCUACGACCGCGUCACCAACAUCGCAGUGAAGCUCGAGCCCAAACGUGGAGCCCAGCACCUCAUGCUCGCCAACUGUCACUUUGACACCGUGGCCAACAGCCCAGGUGCCAGUGACGAUGCGGUGAGCUGCGCUGUGAUGCUGGAAGUCCUCCACUCUCUGGCCAACCAGUCCAGUCCUCUCCACCACGGCGUUGUCUUCCUCUUCAAUGGAGCCGAGGAAAAUGUCCUGCAGGCCAGUCAUGGUUUUAUUACCCAGCAUCCCUGGGCCAAACAAGUUCGUGCUUUCAUUAACUUGGAGGCUGCAGGCGUUGGCGGCAAGGAAGUUGUUUUCCAGACAGGGCCGGAGAACCCGUGGCUCGUCCAGGCUUACGUUCAUGCAGCCAAACACCCCUUCGCCUCGGUGGUCGGACAGGAGGUCUUUCAGAGCGGUGUCAUUCCCUCUGACACAGACUUCCGCAUUUAUAGGGACUUCGGAAACAUCCCAGGCAUCGAUCUUGCAUUCAUUGAAAACGGUUUUAUCUAUCACACCAAAUACGACACGGCCAACAGAAUACUGACAGACUCCAUCCAGAGAGCUGGUGACAACAUCUUGGCUGUUUUGAAGCACCUGGUAACGUCAGAGAAGCUGGCGGACUCCUCAGAGUAUCGCCAUGGGAACAUGGUGUUUUUUGACCUGCUGGGGGUGAUUGCCGUUGCCUAUCCAGCUCGCGUUGGCACCAUCAUCAACUACAUGGUUGCUGCAGCCACCUUCCUGUAUCUAGCCAAGAAGGCGUCUCUGCCCGGCAACCGAGGUGGGCGUUAUGUUCGGGACCUGGCCUGUGCCACGGGUGUAGCGGUGCUGGGCUGGUUUGUCACUCUGCUGUUGGUGCUCAUUGUUGCUCUUCUGAUCACUCUGCUGGGACGCUCCAUGUUUUGGUACACUCACUUUUAUGCUGCCAUCUGCCUGUAUGGAGCUGCAGCCACCGGGAAAAUGAUUCUCAUCCACACACUGGCCAAAAACCUAUACUACGGAGGUGUCCGUCUGGUGGAGCUGGGCGAUCUGUAUUUUGAUGUGAGCUUGCUGCUCUGGUGCUGCAGCCUGGUGUGGCUCACCCAGCGGGGUCUGUGUUCAGCCUAUGUUCCCAUGCUGAUGGUGGCCUUCCCCCUGGUCACCAGGCUUCUGCUGACAAAGGAAUUUAAACACAGAGGAGCAUCACUGAAGUACAGCGGCCUGUAUCUUUUUGGCCUGGCGCUUCCCUAUCUCCACUUCAUGUUCCUCAUCUGGGUGGUGUUUGAGAUUUUCACCCCCAUCAUGGGCCGGAGCGGCACAGAGAUCCCCCCUGAGGUGGUGAUGGCCUCUUUGGUCACUUUGGCAAUCGUUUUCCUCUCCUCUUACUUUCUGCAUUUUGUCUAUUUGGUGAGGAGCACUAAGUGGAUCCUGGCAGCUCUGGGCUCGUUGUUCGUUGUUAUGUUCCUGUUGGUGUCCGCCGGCCUCUUCUUUCCUUACUCCGGGAAUCCAAACAGCCCCCGGCCAAAGAGGAUAUUCCUGCAGCAUACGACUCGGACCUUCCACAACCUGCAGGGCCAGGUGGAGAGCAGAGACUCUGGCAUCUGGAUCAACAGCUUCGACUUCACCGCAGUUCAGCACAUCACUCCUCAGAUCCCCGAGAUCAACGACAGCAUCCGAACCCGCUGCCGAGAGGACCGGCCCUUCUGCGGUUACCCCUGGUUCCUGCCUGUGAAGUUCCUCAGCAGGAAGAACUGGUACCUUCCCGCCCCGGAAGUGUCUCCUGGUUCUCCGGUGGAUUUCAGCCUUAUGUCCAAGGAGGAGACGAGCUGGGGAACUGUCAAGAUGACUUUCAGUGUCAAAGGGCCCAGCCACAUGUCUCUGUAUCUGAUGCCUCACAGAGGAGCCAGUCUGUCCACCUGGUCUCUCGGUGACGGGACGCCUCAGUUUGACCUGAACGGAGAAUACUUUGUCUUUUAUUCCCACGGCCUCGAUGCUGCUAAAUGGACCUUUUGGUUUGAAAUACAGCCCCCCACAGAACCAGAUCCAGCCGGCCCUGAGGGGAUGAUCUCCGUUGCCAUAUCGACGCACUAUUUCUUCGGCGAAGACCGACGGACUGCUCAGCUGGAGGAAAUGCUCCGGAAGUUUCCCAUCUGGGCUUUCCCCUCCUCCUGGGUCAGUACCUACGACAUGUACCGGUACUGAGGACAUCGCUACUGAAACAGAGGAGCGGCGACGGCCCACUGAGACAGCUCAGAGAACGAAUCUGCUGCCUUUUACACUAAUACCCCCGCCUGAGAGAGAGACCUCCAUCACUGUGUCGGCGGGCUGAGCGGCUGACUGAGCAGCAUCGGCGCUCAGGCCACCACAAGCCUCGUGCUCUUUACUGGGUUAGUGAAACAAAGGAGUCUUAAGUUUGAUUUUUCUUCUUUUUUUUUUUUGUACUCAGCUGUGCCUUUGAUUUCCACACUCUCACUCUUCUUCCCUCACGUUUCCUCCCAUCUCACACGCAAGCGCUGAUUCACAUCGCAUGUGUAAGUCGCUCUGUUUACCAGCAAACCUCCCGGGCUGCCGUCACACUAAACGUGCCUCUGGAUCGGACUGCAGAUGUCUGUACCGUCCUGACGGGGAGACGCAAACCUGCUCUCAUGUCAGCUUCUUUUUAUUAAAUGAAAAAAACAAAAGGAGUUAAUCGUGCACUCCAUCAAAUAUAUGUUGCAAAUCCCGACGACUAACCAUGAAACUGCUUAUUGUUCCUUCCUGUCCUGCAGAUUUAAAGCAAACAACAUCCACAGGUUUAAAUGAGAAAUGUUAAUAUUUGCUCAAGCUUUUAAAAGGCGUGCAGCAAAAUCAUAAAGAACUGACCGAGGUGUCAGUGUUUCUAAAAGUUCACUAGAAAAGAUAUUCAGAUGAUGGAUUUAACAGAGGAAGAAAGAAAUGAAGAGAAUCCCUUCUUUGUUUUUAUUUUCUUUUAAAAUGUGCUCCUGGAGUCUUUCAGUAACAAAGCUCUCCUGUUCUGUUCCACACCGAAGUGAUGCUUAUUAACAUUUCAUCUUGCUUUAACGUUACUUUUCUUAAACCUGAUUAGCCUUCAUGGGGUCUGCAGCAGUUCCAGUGACUUUCUUUUCCUUAACUGGAUUUGUUGUGUUCCACUUGGUUGUUCUGUUGUCUCUUUCUGGCUCCAAAUGAAUCCAAGCAAUGAGGAAGUUAUGUAUAUUAGUUAUAAUCUAAUUAAGUUCUUUAAUAGAACGGUGAAAAUUUAGUGAGCUUCAUACAAAUUUGCACAUUUAAUUAUGAAACACUACUUCAAAAACAUUCUUUGUUUUAAUUUCAUUUCCUUUGCUCCUCACGCUAGUUUACUGCUAUUUUACCAUAAUUUGUUCACUAAUUUUAGAUUUUAUGGAUUGCAACUUUUAAUAAGUAGCUCCACAGUUAUUCAAGGUAAAAAAAAGAGAAAAAAAAUCAUUACUUAAAAUUUUUAUGUGGCAAAUUUUUCACUUUGUAGAUUCCUGAAAUUAAGAAAUUAAAUUAUAUUCCUUUUUAAUUUUAUCUUUCUAAAAAUGGCCGUAUAUUUUAUGGAACACAUAUAAUUCAGCGUAAUUGUUAGAUAGGAUCGGAUGCAUUUUGUUAAAAUCCACAAAUAUUAUAUGACUUGUCAUAUAAUAUUUGACAUUUCUUUGUCAUACAGAUUCAUUCUUUUUGCCGAGAAAGAUCUACAGGAUGUUUGUUGGCUUGUUUCAGCUCCUCAUCGAAAAUGACCGUAAACAUUCAUAUGCAAAUCUUAAAUCCUGUUGUUAAUUUGAAAUAACCUGCUGUGACCUGACCAUAAUUAAACUUCAGAGGAUAUAAGGUGUGUGUGAAUGUAAACCAAAAAUCCACUGGUGCUGCUAAAGGAAGCCUAUACGAUGUUUUUGUUUAAGUUGUUUCUGUUUUAUCUAAAUGUGGAGGAUCAUCUGUCUGAACAACAACCCAGCUAUUAACAGCCGCUUUAACCUUGAGACACAGUGAUCAACACCGUUAGUUAUUAAACCUGUUCUACAUUGAAUGUUAAUAUUUAGCUGGUGAUUUUGUAGAGUUAUAAACUAAAUGAUCUGAAUCUCAUCAAGUCCUGCAUUCAUAGAGAUCAUGCACUGAUCUGUUGCCUCCACCUUUGGUGUAAUUGAGGUGGAUUCGAGCUGAAACUUUGGGAAAUGUGAUUUAUUUUUGUUCAUUUAGCUGCUUUCAUGCAGAAUAGAUGGCAGGACAGAAGGAGGUCUUAAGUUUUCUGCUUUCAAAGGAUGCACAGAAAGUUUUAGAGAUUCUAGUUGGUUUGCAAAUGAUGGAGAUUAAAAUCUCUCCCCUAAGUUCAUGUUGAAGCAGAUUGAGUUUAUUUUAUUAUUUGAGGAAUGGAAACAACAAAUUAAUAAAUGUUGAUGGUUUAUAGAAACAUAAUGAGAUGUGCUUGAAAGUUUUACCCAGCUGCCCUGGAACAGUUAAAGCUCUGUUCUUCCCCUCAUCAUAACAAAGUCCUGAAACAUACUAACAAACUUACCUAAAUUCAUUAUCAGUAUUUCAGUUUUUUUGUUUAAUGAUUUCAUGAAUUUUGGAGUCUUAUUUUUCUUGCUGUGGCCUGAUAGCACAACAUAAUUAUUCUGUUAAUUCCAAAAACAGGAAGUGGGUGCACAAGCUUGGGUUUAUUUUGAGGCUUUUUAAAGGAUUGCAUACACCCUACUAAUAUUUGGACAAAUCUCUUGUGUUUUACCACUAUCAUUUGGCAUUUGGCUCAAUUCUGUCUGCAUUCUUGACUACUAUUCUUGGCUGAAAUAGGUAAAGUGUACAAUUUCCUGGCUUUUAAGUAAAUCCGUUGUCACCAGGAAUCGCCGCACAUCCAUUCCAGAAGCAUUGAUAUAAGUUUGGGAUGAUUUUCCAGCUGCAGCAUGGAGCUGUGCCCAUUUUUCAAUGAUCUAACCCAAACUGUCCUCUUCAGAUGAAGGGGAAUUGGCUAAAAGAAAGUGGACGCUUCUGGAACGCCAUUGUCAAUGUCUAAAGUUUAAACAAGUUGAACAUUAGCAUAGAAAGAGACAAGGCUCCUUUCUUUGCACCAUUCUGCCAUGAUGCUGCCACCACCAUAAUCCUAAACACACGUUGAAACUGAUUUCAUGCCCCACAUAGGUAGAGGUAAUCCUGUUUUAAAUGACAUCACUAUUUCAUAUGAGAAGAGUAUUGAAAAGACAUUCAAACAUUAGUUGUAUGUUGUGUAAUCGGGUCACUUUGUGGGAAAAACAAACUAAAAUAGACAAUUAAAAUACCCAAAUGAGGUUGAUUUGUCAACGUUGGGGUUAUCCUCUGAUCAGUCGGAAACAGCUUCUGAUAUUUGACGUCUUGGGUAACAUUACAACUUUCUCCUUGUGACCAUCUAUUGUGUUAAAAUUAGACGCCAGAUGUGAUGUAGGUGGACUUAAACGGCAAACAUCUGCUAAUUUAGUUAAUAGUUUAAGUCCAUAUGCAGUAUUAAAGAAAAAAAAAUCUACUGAAAGUAAAUAUUUUUCUAGACCUAGUUGAGAUUUGAAAGCAUAAACAAGCUGUUAAAUAAAUCAUUCCUUUAUUUUCUGUGAACAUAUUCAGAGGUCCAGAGUAUUUCAAGGUGUUUUGAUAUUAAAUACGAGAAUGUUAGACAUGAAAGUUGUGACAUUUCCUCCUCCUGUGCUGCUGAUGCUCCCACUGUUUGACCACAGCUGCUCACAAGCCUUGUGCAAGACGAAUGAAAAGGUUUCCUUGAGAAAUUGAACUUUAAAAUUUGAGCCGAUGAGGUAAUAAAACUGACCAAGCACUGAGUCUGUGUGUGUUGUAUUCUGCACAACCUCACACUUGGAUGUAGCUUUAUUGUCAUCGUUGAGAAAUCAACUGUACUCACUGAAAUGUCUUAAUGUCACUGAUUUCAAGACUUUUUUUUGUUACCUAAAUUGUUCGCUCAUGUUUGUUUUUUUUAAAUGUUCUGAACGUUAACAGGAAGAUGGGUCAUUUUCAUCACCAAUAAGACAAAUGUUAGUCUUAUCAGUCAGCGGUGAUGUUUUGUGGGACUGAUCUGGUUAACUGGGUUUCUAUCUGUUGAGAAGAUGAGAUUUUACAAUAUGCAAAAUGGUUGAACUAAAGUAGCACUUGUACAGAAAUUAAAAUGCUUCUAACUUUG